AUGUUGCUCGCCAUCGUGAUGUUAUUGAGGAAGCGCAUGACUCUCAUUGCAAUCACCUCCGCUCAUGCUCCUCUGUACCCGGAGGGCAAAGAGACUGGCUUGUUUAUCACUGAAGCUUUGCACCCUUUCCUUGUCUUCAAGAAGGCAGGAUUCGAUGUCGAGCUAGUGUCGGAGACCGGAUCUUACCAACCUGACUGGCUCUCGCAGCAGAAGGACUGGCUUAACGAUGAAGACAAAGCUACCUGGGAGGAUCACUCCAGUGAAUUCCGUUCUAAGCUUGAUAAUCUCUUGAAACCGAGUGAUAUCGACCCCAGCAACGUACGUCUCCUUUACGGAUACUUGGAACCCGAGCUGAGCAUUACUAAAUCAAAGCUAAGGGCCUACAGCCUACAGAGCAUUGCAUCUAAGAUGAACACCGACGGUGCUAUCAUCUCUGCUGUGUGCCAUGGCGGUGAAAUUUUCCCAGGAAUCAUUGACCCGAGUACAGGAAAGUCGAUUAUCGCUAACCGAAGAGUGACUGGCUUCACUACUCAGGGAGAGGAGGAAGAAGGUGUUCUAGACGCCAUCAAAAGCUGGAACCGGCCCACCAUUGAGGCCUCCGCUGCAAGCUCGGGAGCCACAUAUGUCUCUCCUCCUGGCCCUCACCGAUGGGCGCCUCGUGACUGGUGCCAAUCCCGCAAGUGCGCAUGUGACGGCUGA